AUGCUGAAGCCCGGAGACCCCGGCGGCUCGGCAUUCCUCAAAGUGGACCCAGCUUAUCUGCAGCACUGGCAGCAACUCUUCCCGCACGGCGGCGGCGGCCCGCUCAAGGGCGGCGGUGCCGCGGGUCCCCUGGGCGCACCGCAGCCUCUCCAGCCGCCGCCCCCCCCGGAGCGCACUGAGCCCCAGCCGGACAGCCUGCGCCCGCGGCCCGCCUCUCUCUCCUCCGCCUCCUCCACUCCGGCUUCCUCCUCCACCUCGGCCUCCUCUGCCUCCUCCUGCGCCGCUGCCGCCGCGGCCGCCGCUGCCGCCGCGCUGGCCGGUCUCUCGGCCCUGCCCGUGGCGCAGCUACCAGUGUUCGCGCCUCUGGCCGCCGCCGCCGUCGCCGCGGAGCCGCUGCCCCCCAAGGACCUGUGCCUCGGCGCCGCCUCGGGCCCGGGGCCCUCCAAGUGCGGAGGCGGAGGCGGCGGCUGCGGCGGCGGCGGCGUCGGGGAUGUCCGGGGCGCCCCGCGCUUCCGCUGCAGCGCGGAGGAGCUGGACUAUUACCUGUACGGCCAGCAGCGCAUGGAGAUCAUCCCGCUCAACCAGCACACCAGCGACCCCAACAACCGUUGCGACAUGUGUGCGGACAACCGCAACGGCGAGUGCCCCAUGCACGGGCCGCUGCACUCGCUGCGUCGGCUCGUGGGUACCAGCAGCGCCGCGGCCGCCGCGCCCCCUCCGGAGCUGCCCGAGUGGCUUCGGGACCUGCCACGGGAGGUGUGUCUGUGCACCAGCACCGUGCCCGGUCUGGCCUACGGCAUCUGCGCGGCGCAGAGGAUUCAGCAGGGCACCUGGAUUGGGCCCUUCCAGGGCGUGCUCCUGCCCCCGGAGAAGGUGCAGGCCGGCGCCGUGAGGAACACGCAGCAUCUCUGGGAGAUAUAUGACCAAGAUGGGACACUACAGCACUUUAUUGAUGGUGGGGAACCUAGUAAGUCGAGCUGGAUGAGGUAUAUCCGAUGUGCAAGGCACUGCGGAGAACAGAAUCUAACAGUAGUUCAGUACAGGUCGAAUAUAUUCUACCGAGCCUGUAUAGAUAUUCCCAGGGGUACCGAGCUUCUGGUGUGGUACAAUGACAGCUAUACGUCUUUCUUUGGGAUCCCUUUACAAUGCAUUGCCCAGGAUGAAAACUUAAAUGUCCCCUCGACGGUCAUGGAAGCCAUGUGCAGACAGGACCCCCUGCAGCCCUUCAACAAGAGCAGCAAACUCUCCCCUGCCGUCCAGCAGCGCUCCGUCGUCUUCCCACAGACUCCGUGUGGCAGGAACUUCUCCCUCCUGGAUAAGUCUGGGCCCAUGGAAUCAGGAUUUAAUCAAAUCAACGUGAAAAACCAGCGAGUCCUUGCAAGCCCAACCUCCACCAGCCAGCUCCACUCGGAGUUCAGUGACUGGCAUCUUUGGAAGUGCGGGCAGUGCUUUAAGACUUUCACACAGAGGAUCCUGUUACAGAUGCACGUGUGCACACAGAACCCCGACAGACCAUACCAGUGCGGCCACUGCUCCCAGUCCUUUUCCCAGCCUUCAGAACUGAGGAACCACGUGGUCACUCACUCCAGUGACCGGCCUUUCAAAUGUGGCUACUGUGGUCGUGCCUUUGCUGGGGCCACCACGCUCAACAACCACAUCCGAACCCACACUGGAGAAAAGCCCUUCAAGUGCGAGAGGUGUGAGAGGAGCUUCACGCAGGCCACCCAGCUGAGCCGACACCAGCGGAUGCCCAAUGAGUGCAAGCCAAUAACCGAGAGCCCAGAAUCAAUCGAAGUGGAUUAA